AUGUCUUCCAUCCACCAGUCAGCACUGGACUACCCCGACUCCACUCAAAUCAGCUCUUUCGGUCCCUCAAACCCGAGUGAACAUCCCCGCCAAAUCGAAAAAACACCUCCUGAAUCCCGACCUUUGAAACGAAGCCUUGUACAAUUGUUGUGGCGAGCUAUUUUUCUUCCGAUCAUCGCUUUUGCAUACCUUGGAUUUUGCUAUGCGGCUGCCACUCAUGCCAUUCCUGUUCACGUCUAUAACAUCAAUAAUCCGGGGGAUCAUCUAUUUACUGUAAAGGCUGGAGUGACGACGAUCAACAUCAUCAUCAUCGGGAUAGCUUUGUUACCUCUCAGGGCUCUUCUGAGCGACCUCGAAAGCGAAGAAUUCUUUCGGGUACUCCACAAUUCCAAAUCGGAGGGUGUCCCAUUGAAAGCAGUCAAUAAUGUUUCUUCCCCAAGUCGCGACUUGAUGCAAAGUUUGUCUUCGAUAACCCGGAAUAAUUCGUCGAAAUAUUACUCCACUGCAAUCUUGGCUGGACUUUUCGCCAUGAUUAUAUCCUCAUUGGCUCCUGCGGCACUAUCUGUCGGUUUGAUUUUAGUUGAAGGCGAUAUGAUGGCUAUCGAGGUGGGGGCAGUAGCUCCCCAGAGUAUAUAUCAGUUCAGCGUCCUCAACGGCUUCUCGAGUGGCGCCAACGUCUGGUUCAACGGGCGGAUAGCGGAAGCGGCAGCAAUGGGAUGGGUCCAAACUGUUCUAGGAAAAAACAUCCCCUUCCUUCCAACUUUCCCCCAGUACGGCGUACCUGUACCGCUACGGGUGGAUCCUACCGCUCGAGCCCGCUAUCUCACCGACGUCAUCGUCCUCGACCCGGUAUGCGACUGGGCAAUCCCGAAUCCACCUGCGACCACCUACAAAAAAGAGACGCAUCAAAUAAUUAACAUCACCCUCCCAGAUCAUUCCAUCUCAGCCUCCUAUGACGUCUUUUCUUGGAGUCAAAACAAAAGCAUCGAGGUCAUCGGGAGCGACUCUGAAAUUGAUUCGGCCACGGCGCUUAUGAACACGACGAGCGGUGGUCCUAUCACGGAUGGAAGUAUGGCCUGGAUAGUCGCUCAGCUUACUUCAGGACAAAAACUUGACUUUGCUUCUGCAACGACCGAUACCUCCGUACUGGACCUCAGUGGCAUUCCAACGCAAGAUAUCUCUUAUAACUCUACUACUACUUUCUCAAAUCAAACGAUGACGACGGUUCGAUUCAGUGUUCUUGUUUGUAAACCUCGUGCCGCUGUCGAGACGCGAGAGGUCAGGCUGGACGGAAACGGGGGUUUAGAAGUUUCUGAUCGGAGGGGGUUGAUGAGGCAGGGCAAUCUUGAUGAUGGGCAGGUUAGCCUACUGCUAGGGAAGAGCCUCGUCAAAUACACUACAGAUUCAGGUCCAGAUACAGGUUACGAGGGCAUCGGACAAGCCGGACAAGUUCGACUUUUCUUCGGCCUUAAUGUUUGGAACUGGACCGCUACUCCAGUCCUCAAACCCCAUUCUCUCCAGGACAUCACCUCAACCUACCGAUCGGCAGUCCAAGCAUCUAUGACUUCGUACUUGUCCGGGAAGAUAUCCACUUCGUUCGUUCCCGGACGGAUUCAAUCCGUAAAACUCGUAUUCACGAGUUCACUGCCACACGUUAUAGUUUCUACCGUUCUGUUUGGGAUUGUAACGAUAUGGAUCGUUGUCUGUUACUUUCGCCCACAUGCGGCGAAAUUCACACUGGUUUCGGUGGCUGCAGUGUUGGGCCAAGGUUCCAAUGUAGUAGAAGUAUGUGAUAGCGUAAGUGACUCCGAGGAGGUGGCCUUCAAGCACUUGAAGAAUCGUGCUGUUCGGUUGGAGGAUCAGAAUAGGCCGGGGAGCGGCAUCUUGCAGAUAUUGUAA